GGGACGCGGGGAGGUAGGGAGGGAGGAGGAGGAGGAGGGGGCAGAGUCCGGCUGAGGGUCCCGCCCGUGCCCGGGCACCGCGACGCUGGAUUCCCGCAGCCUCUCGCCAUGCCUGGCCGCCUUUAGGUUCCCCAUGGAGCACGGCAACUUCUACGAGGUGGAGCCGCAGGCGCCGCCGCAGCACCCGGCGCCCUUCGCCUACCGAGAGCCCGGCGAGCUGGCCGACAUCUGCGAGAACGAGAACUCCAUCGACAUCAGCGCCUACAUCGACCCGGCCGCCUUCAACGACGAGUUCCUGGCCGACCUGUUCCACAGCAGCCACGGGCACCCGGCCAAGGGCAAGCCGGCCACCUUCGCCCCGCGGGACAGCAAGUUGCAGCCGCUGCCCGGCCGGCCGGCCGCCCUGUGCUCGGUGCUGGUGAAGCAGGAGCCGCCGGAGCGGCCCGAGGACAGGGGGAAGCCGGCGCCCUGCGCCCACCUUCAGUACCAGGUCAGCCACUGCGCCCAGACCAGCGUGCACCUGCCGCCCGGGCAGCCCACGCCGCCGCCCACGCCCGUGCCCAGCCCGCUGCCGCCGCACAAGGCGCCGGGCAACAAGAGCAAGAAGUCGGUGGACAAGGGCAGCUUGGAGUACCGGCUGCGGAGAGAGCGCAACAACAUCGCGGUGCGCAAGAGCCGCGACAAAGCCAAGCUGCGCAACGUGGAGACGCAGCACAAGGUGAUGGAGCUAGCGAGCGACAACGAGCGGCUCCGCAGCCGCGUCCAGGAGCUGAGCCGGGAGCUCGACACACUGCGGGGGCUCUUCCGACAGCUGCCCGAGGCCGCCCUGGUCAAAGCCAUGGGCAGCUGCGCCUGAAGCCGCGGGCGCUCACCGCUGCCCGGCCGGGCCGGGGACCGGGAGCCGGAGCGGGACGCCCCGGGCUGUGGGACCGGGAGCCGGAGCGGGACGCCCCGGGCUGUGGGACCGGGAGCCGGAGCGGGACGCCCCAGGCU